AUGGCAUCCUUGGCAGAAUCGCUAGCACAAAGCAGUGCCUUCAAGCUUCCCGUAUCUGGGGCUUCCACGAGCUUGGCGGUUAAGGAAAAUGAGCAAUUGUUCCUUGCAUCAGGCAGAACGCUUCUUGCCGUGGACUUGACUAGUGCUGCUCACUCAUAUAAGGUCUUUGAUCUUGGACAUCCUUAUAAUAUCGAAAGCAUUCAUAUCAACAAUUCUCAAGAUUUAUUGGCUUUGGUAUGCAAGAAGAGCAUCGUCAUAGUGUUUUUGAGACGAAUUCCAUUUGGAGACUCUGGCCAGCCCUGGAGACCACUCAAGUUCGUCUUGGGAGAGUUUGACACCAACAUUGUGUCCGUUGCCUGGCACCCAGCUAGUUGUUCGAACUCAGAACUUGUCGUAUUGACAGAGAAUGCGUUGCAGUCUUUCGAUCUAAUCAUAUCCACAACAAAACCUACAUUCCGUUCAACGCUAUCGAAUCUAGGCAUGCGUGAAAACCCAACGUCCAUUGCAUUUGGGUCUCCGCUCAGUCUUUCCGGCUCAUUGUCCCUUUACUUGUGUUCACCUUCUGGAGAAGUGCACUCAAUUUUUCCAUUCAUUUACCCCAACUUCUAUAUUGGUGCAUCCAAGAGGGCUGUUGACUUAUUCGUUGCUGAAACACAGGAACUUCUAGACACUGUUGAGCAAAAGUAUCCCCCAAGAGUUAUAGCUGGACACCCCUCUAAUAAUGAUUUGUUGAACCAGUUGAAUUUUGGCCUUCAUCUCCAGAACCAAAUAGAAAGUCCCUUGAUAGAUUGUUCUGACCCUUUGAAAGUCGUUCGUUUGAUUCCCACGUAUGUUGUCCCAAUAGUUACUGGAUCGUUCGCUCAAGUCUCAAAAGGGUCCAAGAUACUCCUGGUUGAUACGAACUCUACGACCUCUUGCCUCGUGGCCUUCAACGACACCGAUACACUGGUUGAACUAGCAUACUUGGGCCAUCUUUGCCCUCAAGUGAUGUCCAGGGCGCGGGAUAUCCCAAGGCCAGAUGCCCCUAAUGAUGCUGGUUUGAAGAAACGUGGUAGAGAGAAGCAUGAGUACUCGAGACCCAAGAAAGGCUUCGGUUUUGUCGUAGAUGACGACGACGAUGAAGAAUCUGUCGAAGAAAACCAAAUCGCCACACAGAAUAAUGAGUAUUCAAAACUGUGGGAAAUUUAUGAGCUCAAGAUUAAAUGUAUGGAGUUCAUCCAUCUGCAUCAGAAACUCACUACCUUGUCCUGCGAGAAGUACAAGAAGUCCUCCCUGGGACCUUUAAUGAUUGGCUCAUACCCACACGGUCGGAUAUUGCUCGGUAUCAAUAAGAAGAUCCAAAUGGUAGACUGUCUGCAUUGGUUCGAAGAGUUUCAGGAUAACUUCCCUCUUGGGUUCACAGAGUUUUACACCACGAAAACUAAUUUCGCUAUUGAGAAGCCUAUUGCUGCAUUUGCUCUUUUUGAUAAUGCUGAUGAUCCAACACCUUACGUCUUUAUCAGAUCUAACAGCGGUGAGACUGUCCUUGUUGGCCCCCGUGUCGAGGGAAAGCCUUCGUCAAACGAUAAGCCUGAUCCAUCAAAAGCAAUCAGCACAAAACUUUUGCAUGAAACUGGGUUGUCAGGAGCAGAUUUGCGGAGCAUGUUGCGCCAGAGCCCUAGUGCCACAUUCAGUUUUACCUCAAAAACAAGGAAUACGGAAGAUCUCGUUGCUUUGACAAAGAUCACCAAUCUGAUCCGCUCGCAUUCCCAUCAACUCUCGAAGUUCAUAAUAGCACUCAAUAGCAAGAUUGAGGUGCAACAAAAACGCAAUUUGCUAAAUGGCAAUCUUGUUCACGGUGGACAGAAGCUAGAAGAGUUUAACGAACGUUCUUCGAUGUAUAAAGAGCGCAUAGAUAAGCUUUUCGAGCGUCAAAAGGGACUUUUGAAGCGCGGAGAUGAUAUUGAGAAAGACAUCCUUAAUAGAUUUGAGAGUUCCAAGAAAUCGACGUCUCUCCCACUUUCUCAAGCAGAGCGUUCCUGGAUGCGUGAGUUAAACGACUUGAGAGAGACAGUUGUGAGCACAAAGGAAGGUGAGUCAUUACAAGAAAGAGUGCAGAACUUGUCUUAUUUGCUAGAAUCUUUCAAAGGAGCACAGCAAGCUGCUGAUGAAUCGAAUGACUUAAGCGAUGACAUGAAGAAAUUACUGUUGAAUAACAGUUUGGUGAAUAAAGGCUACAACUAG